AUGUCUCUUGCCACUGCCACAAUCCUCAAGCUGCAUAUCGUGGACACGAUCGCACCACCACCCAGUCCACAUACCCUGACAAUUCAUAAAGCGUCAUCAGCUAUAUCACGACAUCGUAUUCUCGUCGCUGAUGCCUUUGUUCUAGAUCUGCACUUGGGGCACCUUCGCUGCAAACCUAGGGAUGAGCUUGGGAGCUACCCGCGCAUCAUCUCUCGCCUCUUUUCUUUACUUGACUCCUAUGCACUCCUGCACCACGCAUUCUUCUAUCGAGCAUGCUUCGGUCCUGGCUUAGCAGCACUUGGUGACUCUGAUCAAGCAUCAGCGCCACACGACGUCCGGCCACUCCUUCAUUGGUUCAAACUUGGUGACUUUGGUCUUUGCAAGGCUACUAAUGAGCUUUUCCAAAAUACCGCUAUUCAACACAAUUUCUAUAUUGAUGGCCUAACUGACUAUCUUACCAAGGGAGAAUGGCAGCGCUUUUGGUCCACCAUGAUGGCCAUACCGGUACACAAUCUUAUUGGUUCCGUGCGCUUCACCGGACACUUUCUUGCCGCACGACCAUUAUUUCACAUGCAAUUUCCACAAGACCCACCCAACCUCCCAGUACCAUCAUCAUCGAAGCAAUUAUACAUGGAUUAUGGCGUGGUCAUUGGGCCCUAA